AUGUCCGGGGGUCACAUGAGGAAGCGCCGAAAAAAGUUGCUUGCCCGUCAGCGCGCGAAAGAACGAACUGACCUUUCAGAGGAAGUUGGAAUGGACCUGAAUGCUUUCCAUCCCAAGGAUGCUGUACGUCGGUUCUUCACCCGAUACACCGGCAGACCGGCAACAGCGGAAGAUUACUUCUACAGGUGCGUUCAAGCUUCAGAUCCGGAACAUGAGGAAGUUGCGGCGGAAUUAGUCACGCCAUCUUUCUACUGGCGGGUCUUCCGAGGGGAUCCGUGCAGCAACCAGAAAAAAGCCGAGGCGAGUGCUGCGGGGAUCUUUUGCAAUGACCCCCAGGCGCAAGAAGCCGCGGCUGUGUUGCCACCACCCAUGAGUAAGUGCAGGCUCUUUGCCGGAGGAGCCGGGAAUAAAAGAGAUGGCAACGUGUCAAAAAGCACAGGCAAGAAAGUGGGCAGCUUCAAGUCUGAGCGGACGCGCCAGAUCCACCAGCGCUUCCAAAACUCUGGCUGCGGGACCAUGUUCGAUGAUGGGAACGGCUAG